CUCUUCCACCUGCACCCAAUACUAAUUGUUAUUGUCCGGCCUGACUGUUGUUGCAUUUGUUGCUUGAUCCGCCCAAACCCUCCUCCUGCCCGUCGCCUAUCGAUACGCCCUCGACUAGGCCUUCCCUGAGCAGACCCAUAUUACAGCUCUGUAUCGCGUUUCACACCCAUUGCGACGCCUGACACACGGAAAUUGGAGGAGAGCGCACUCUACUCUCGACUAGACGACACAUUCCGGCGCUGAUUGGCACCCCUCAACCUUGGGGCUGCAGUCACGAUUCCGGGCUUCAUCAUGUCCGCUCAAACUUUACCCCACCGGACCUCGCGACACCCUCUCCCUCCGCAACCCUCCCAUGCCACUCUCUGCUCCCUUCGCGGCGGCGACAGUAACAGAGCACACCCUCUCCGGCAAAACCCUCCAUCCAUCGCUGCUUCUUUCGACGACGCCGCCUUUGACGAUAUCCCGCUCGCACCACCCCCGUCCGCACUUACCUCGCGGCCCACGCACUACGACCACGACCAACCCUCACCUCUUGACACCUAUUCUCCUAUAGACCGCCGACACCAGCGCUCCUUGACCGACACCUUCUUCGACAACUGUAAACCAUUAGUGAGCAGGGCUACAUCAUCGCUGCAACAACAACCCAAGCCACCCCUCCACUCCCCGACCAAGUCCCUCGCCAGCUUUAUACCCUCGAGAGCCACCCUAGAGUCUGCCGGACAAGCCAAGCCGCGCGUCGCAAAGGUUUUCAGCGACUGGUUCAGCGGUUCUUCCGCUCCCGUUGCACUGGGAGUGGCCUCGCGUCCCCAGGAGCCAGAAUACUCGGAAGACGAAGAACAGCAGGACAGCGAAGACAGUGAAGACGAGCGCGAAGGAGAGGGGGAAGAAUUAGACCAAGAAUACGCCAUGGCGAAUAACAUAUUUACUCGCGCUCCAAUAUUUAACCGGACCACAACCUCGAAAAGCUCCGUCUCUACCACACACUCAACCCCCACCCCGGUCUCAACCCCGAGCAAGUUCUCCUGGCUCUUAAGCUCUUCGAAAGCAGACACAACGCCCUCGAAGUCUGCGCCAAAGAACUACCACAAUCCUUCCGACGAACUUCUUUCUCUCGACAUCGCCCACACCCUCUUCCCGCACGGGCCUGUCGACCCUCUUGCGCCAUCUUCGUUUCACGAUCUCCUUAGUGCCGCCGAGAACCUCUGCACCCGAUACCAGUCCUCCUACCGCGCCCUCAGCUCUGCACUCUCAGACGCCCGUGCCGAGCAGUCCGCCCAAGAUGACGAACUAGACGAAGCCGAGACCAGGGCCAGGCAUCUCAAGAUGCAGUUGGACGACAUGGCUGCCAGAGCGGUGGAGCAAGACCAAAAGAUGCAAAUGCUGUACGACGAGCUUCGGGUAGAGAAGGAACGCCGCAAAGAGGAAGAAGAGGCCCGGAUGCGCAGCCUGGCCAUGGUGCGCGGCCCAGACUGUGCCCACGGCCCACAUUGUGUGGCUUAUACCGGUAUACAGGAGGACAGAGAUGCGACUCCCCGCAAGCACAAGCGCGUGAGCGGGACGGGCAGCUGCGUCAGCGACUCUGGGUUCGAGUCUGAGUGCGACAGUGUCUUCUCGCGGCGAAAUGGGGCCAUGUCACCCACGGACACUCUACCAUCUUCCGCCGCCAGCGAAGCCGAUUUCGACGAGCGGGAGAGGAAGCCGAUGGGACCACCACAGCUGAUGCAGCGACGCUCGACGUACGACAGGGUGCUGGGUGAGCUACCAUUGCACCAGCGAGCUCCAGGCACGCCAAAGACGGUGGAGAUCAAGUCAUGGGGAUGCGCGAACUGCGAGGGCGGCACUCAGAGCAGUGUGUGGGGCAGGCUUGCGAGAGAACGGGAGCAGAACUCCAUGUUGAAGCGACGGGUGCAUGAGCUCGAGGCUGGGGUGGAGGACAGUUUGGACCUUAUCUUCAUGUCCCGGUAAAUUGGCGGAGUUUAAUGAGAUGACUUUGUGUUAGAUUAGCUGCAUUCUGGUAUGGCGUUGUAUAUCUAGGGCAUUGGUUGCGGUUUAACGCCUUCAAGCGUUGAUCGCUCCUGUACAAAAAUUUAAUAUCAAAUACCUCAGUAUUAUUGUCA